AUGGCCGAGGAGUUCGAUGAUGGAGAAUUUUUAGAGGCAGAAGCAGCCGUCCAGGGGUCGACAGCGCCACAACGAACCACAAGCACCACCCGCACGCACGAUAGCAAUGCACCGGCCGUUGUCCAGCCAAAGCCACAGGCGCUACCUGGACGACAAGGCCCAUCUGCUAUUCUGGUGUCGACGCGACAGAAGGGGAAUCCCAUCCUGAAUCAUGUCAAAUCUCUUCCUUGGGAGUACUCCGAUAUUCCCUGCGACUACGUCCUCGGCGCCACCACGUGCGCCCUAUUCUUAUCAUUGAAAUACCAUCGACUUCACCCCGAGUACAUCUAUAGCCGUCUUCGACAGCUGGGCAAGCUUUACAACCUUCGGAUCCUGCUCGUCAUGGUGGACAUCACCAAUCAUGAAGAAGCGUUGAAAGAAUUGUCCAAAACGUCCAUGAUUAAUAACCUCACCCUGAUUCUGUCCUGGUCGUCCCAAGAGGCUGGCCAUUAUUUGGAACUGUUCAAGUCCUAUGAGCACGCCUCCUCUGCAUCAAUUCGCGCCCACCGGGCUGAAACAUACCAAGAAAGCCUUACGGAAUUCGUCACGACUCCCCGAAACAUUAACAAGACAGAUGCUGCAAGCCUUAUCUCCAAUUUUGGGUCUCUUCGUGCAGCCGUCAACGCAGAACCAGAGGAAUUGGCUUUGGUCCCAGGAUGGGGUGAAAAGAAAGUCAAGGCUUGGUCAACAACAGUCCGUGAACCUUUUCGGGUGAAAAGGGCAGCCAAGUCCAAUGCAGCGCUGUUGAAGCAAGAUGCCUCCGUCAUGUCUUCUGAUGGUGAGAGCACACCAACCUCGAGAACGGGGAGUGUUCAUGCCGCUAUCCCGAUCGGCAGUGUCCCUAGUUUGAGCAAGCAAAACUCAAAUGGCGGAAUGACGGCAAAAGAUCCCGAGGCGGGCCCCAGUCAGAAAAGGCCUCGAUUGGAGGAGGUAUCCUUCGACGAUGACGACGAAGCUGCUUUGGCGGCACUGGCUGAGGAAGAAUCAAGAGUGACUGGUGCAGAGAAGUCAAAAACCACCCGACCACCGACCCAGAAGGAACCGGAACUCAGCGAAGGUGUUGCAACUGCACUAGCUAAACUACGCCAAAAUGGUUGA